CACGUAUGUUAUAUGUAAUCGUUCAACGUGCCGCAUAAGUAGUUCUUGGGGGUGAAGCUUCUUUGACUAAAUAUAAAAUCAACACGUUGUAUGUACACGCCGCGAGUUUUCGAUUCCACAAGCGAGGAACAGAUAUGAAUUGACAGGCCAUCCCGGCACGGUUUCUGCCAAACGUGUAACUUCGGCCUCCCCAGAUCUACGAUCGCAUCGCGAGUGCAAUAGGUAGGAAUGGAGUUCGGAGCGGGCAAUGUUGCCCAAAUAUCAGCAGAGCUUGCUCAAGUGGUAGAAGUGAUGAUGUCGCCGAACGUACCGCAGCAGCAACGGUUGGAAGUGUAUAAUGCCUGCGAACGGUUCAAGGAAUCAUCUCCACUCUGUGCACAGUGUGGAUUGUACCUGGCGCAAAAGGCUCCGAACCGGAGCUCUGUGGUCCGACAUUUCGGGCUGCAGCUUAUGGAGCACUGCAUCAAGUACAGAUGGACACAAAUAUCGCAGUCGGAAAAGAUAUUUAUAAAAGAGAAUGCUAUGAAAUUGCUUCAAGAGGGCAUGGAACCGUUGCUGCAAGAGGAGGCUCAUAUCAAGGACGCGCUCUCCCGCGUCGUUGUAGAAAUGAUUAAGAGAGAAUGGCCGCAACAGUGGCCUACCCUGCUCGCCGAGCUCAGCCAAGCUUGCACUAGAGGCGAAAGCCAAACCGAGCUGGUCCUUUUAGUAUUCCUGAGACUCGUAGAAGAUGUCGCACUCCUACAAACUCUCGAAUCUAAUCAAAGACGGAAGGAUAUAUACCAAGCGCUCAACACGAACAUGGCUGAGAUCUUUAGUUUUUUUUUACGAUUAAUGGAGCAACACUUCUCGGAAUUCCAAAAGAAGAACAGCUUAGGUUGCACCUCGGAAGCGGCUGCUCACAGUAAAGUCGUGCAAGUGGUACUCUCUACGUUGACCGGAUUCGUGGAAUGGAUCUCGAUCAAUCAUGUGAUGGCAGAAGACGGUAGACUGUUACAGAUAUUAUGUCUUUUAUUGGGAGAUCCGAUAUUUCAAUGCGCGGCAGCCGAAUGCUUGUUACAAAUCGUGAAUCGUAAAGGGAAGGCCGAGGACAGAAAACAGUUGAUGAUCUUAUUCUCCGAAGAUGCUUUGAGAUACAUUUACACUGCAGCGACGACACCACCCUCCGGGACGAUCGAAUUUCACGAGAGUCAUUAUCUUUUUUUAAAAAAACUAACCCAGGUGUUGACCGGAAUGGCGACUCAACUGUGCGCGCUGUGGGGCAAGGACGACGGUUCCAGUAUCCGACCAACGCAUUUCAACGUAUUUUUAGACACCGUGUUAACCUUUACCAUGUACUCGAGCCUGACGCUGACGCAUAUGGCGAACGCGAUCUGGAUAAUGCUGUUCAAACACGAGCAGAUCAAGCAGGAUGCACUCUUGAUCACCUACAUACCGAAAUACGUCUCAAGCACGGCACCGAAGCUGAUAAAGAUGUCGUAUCCCCAAGGCAGGCAAGCCAACGGGAUGAGCGCGUACUGUCUCGCAGAUUACGAUUCGGUAGAAGAGUUCAAUGUUUUCCUUCAUCGAUUCAGAACCGACCUGUUGGAAGGAUUCCGGCAAGCGACAAUGGUAGCGCCGCUCGUAACGUUCACUUACGUGCAACAGUGGUUAACAGCUAAGAUAACGAAAGGGAUGGCGGACCUGCGAUAUCAAAGCGACCAGAACGAUCCCCAGUACCUCGAAUGGGAAGCUCUUGCUCAAGCUCUAGAUUCGGUCGUGUCUAGAAUUCUACUAAUCAACGAGCGGCCAAGCGUGCAGACUGGCCUUCAAUUAUUAGAACUAUGCCUCGGCUAUUCCCCGCAGGAUCCUUGGUUGUUGUCCGCGCUACUCUCCUGCAUCAGUGCUCUCUUCGUGUUUUUAUCGAUGUCCACCGGUUCGAUGACCAUGCCGGGUGUAGCUAUCUUGCCCAGAGUCUUGGAAAAGAUUUUCGCUGCUUUGGUCUUCGAAGCGCCUGGUGAAACGAAGGGCACUCGAUCUAGAGCAGCAAAGAACGUUAGACGACACGCGGCCAGUCUCAUGGUCAAGAUCAGUCUUAAAUAUCCGCUGCUGCUUCUUCCAGUCUUCGAGCAGAUACACACGAUGGUCCGGGGCUUGGCGAGAGAACCUAGUCCAUUAUCUAAAAUGGAGACCACGCUGCUCUACGAGGCGUUGCUCUUGAUAUCGAAUCACUUCUGCGAUUACGAGAGGCAGACCAGAUUUGUUGCCGAGAUAAUUGGCGAUGCAUCGGCGAAGUUCAUUGCUCUCGGAGCCGAAUCGUUCAAGGGACCGCUCGAGCUGAUGAGGUUCAUAGGUCUGGACAGGCCGCCGGUUGAAAAUAUCGCGGAGGAUCCCGCUGGUCAAAAUCGGAGCGACUUAAUGAUAUGCAUUUGCACGAUACUAUGCGUUGUGAAACGGUGCUCCAUCCCGGAUGAUCCUGACCGCGCUGCGAGGGGCAACUUCGUCGCCGCGCUCAGUGAGAGCGGGAAUCCUGUUUAUAGAAAUCCUGCUAUGCCACAUGUGAUACCAGUACUGCCGACGCUUUUCGCAUUGCUCAGGACAAUGAACGCUCUCUUUACGCCCGCGGCUUUGGCAGCUUUAUCAGAGGGAUACAACAACGCCCAUGAACUGCUGGAAGUAGAUAAAGCGAAUUUAUUAGGUUUAAAUACAGCGAACGAUAAUGAACGAGCCUCUGAACCUGAUCAGUCGUCGUUCACAGCUUCGAUUCGGAUGCAAUCGUUCCUUAGCACCAUUCAUGAUGUCUGCUACCAUAUGCUGGGUAGCGGAUGUCAUAUGAUAGGAAGAGAUUUCUAUCAGUUACCUGGUUUAGCUCCGGCGCUCAUUAAUUCCGUAUUCUCGAAUAUGGAGAUGAUUCCGGAUUACAGGCUGCGACCAAUUAUACGUGUCUUCAUGAAACCAUUCAUAUAUUCCUGUCCACCUGCAUUUUACGAAAGCGUUCUAGUACCUGUACUAGCUCACGUUUCCACGCACAUGUGUCAAAGGCUGAGCGCGAAGUGGCAGUAUAUCGCGCACCUCUACGAAUCCGGUGGCUUGGACGAAGAGAACACCGAUACGCAGGAGGUGAUCGCUGAUAUGUUGAACCGCAACUUGACGAGGGACUUCGUGGACGUGUUGAAGGUAGCCCUCGUCGGCGGGGUAGCCAGCGACGCUACGCCUCCCGAUUCUAUGGAGCAGGACAGCGGCAGCAUGGCCAUAGAUCCUCCUUUGUCGCGUGGAAACAGCAUAGUCGCCGAGGUCGUCAGCGAGUUGGGAGCCGUUGUUCUUCGCCACCCAUCCACGUGUCACAGCAUCGUCCUAUGUGUCUUAGGGGCUUUGGCGUGGAACGAUUCGAACGCCAGUUUGAAAGCUACGAUGCUAACUGGACCGGUCGUUCGAGCGUUGGCGGCCGACGGAAGUUUAACACCUGCCAUGGCUGCUCAUAUUAUGGUAGCUAUUCUUCAAGGUUUGCAGCUUCACGGUCAACACGAGGCCAACCAGGGUUCCCUGAUAACUCUGGGAGCGCAAGUUUACGAAUGCCUACGACCUAAGUUUCCCAACAUCAUCGAAGUGAUGCAGCAGAUUCCAGGCGUCAACCCCACGGACCUGCAGCGUUUCGACGAGAAGAUGGCUGUAGUCAGUACCAAGGGCAAUAAAGUGGAGAAAGGAAAGAAGGAUCUCUUUAAGAAGAUCACUAAUCAACUUAUCGGUAGGAGUGUUGGCCAGUUAUUUCGUAAGGAAGUCAAGAUAAAUAAUUUGCCACGGAUAGAAGUGUCCGGUAAACAAGCAGUGCGCGUGGACGAGAUAUCCGAAAAUUCGACUGACAGUGGUUUCGCGGUUCUUUUCGGACCUACGUAGCACGAACUUCAUCUAGGUGACCGUGCCGCGUGCACGUGAUCCCAAUUAAUAAACAAUUAAUGUUGAAUCAUCGUGAGAACGAUUCCUACAAGAAAAGGUCGAGGUACGUUCACAAGGGGAUCCUGGAAAUGAAAUAAGGUGUCUAAGUUUCUAUCGUGCGACGUGUUCCGACAAACAAAUCUCCGUCUUUAAAUUAUUCGUAAAGUUGAACGCGUACUCACACUGUCUGGCACGCUCCGCAAGUACUCCGGUUAACGACUAAAAUUGAAACGAAUACGCUUAUGGACGCGUUCAACAUCGAUCCUGAAUAGAAAAAAAAAACGAUGUAACGAAAACAUGUCUCGGAGCCUCUUAUUUACCACUCAGGAUUUCGACGUGUAUAGAAGAAACUGUUUAGUCCUCGAGUAUCAGGGUGUUCGCGCGCGCGUGGGUACAUUGUGUAUACGUGUAUGUAUAGAACGUAUGCGUGAAUGUGUAGUGUGUAUGGCGUACGGAUACGCACAUGUAACAUAAGACAUUGAUUUGUCGUUAAAAGGAGAGCGUUGCAGCACGUCUGAUGAAGCAAACGAAUCUAAAAUAGAUUUUACUAAUGAACUGUAUAUUAAAUCUCUUACGCAUUUAUUAUUAUUAUUAUUAUUAUUAUUAUUAUUAUUAUUAUUAUUAUUAUUAUUAUUAUUACUUUGGAGUUACAUAAAAUCUCUUGUAACAAUAUAAAACAGCAAUGUUUCCUCAA